GAAGACCUAUCUAUUAUGAUUUUGAGUAUAACGAAAUGUUAACUAUAAAAGUAUGUAAGAGGUUACGUUCUGAAGACACUUCUGAGUACUAUAUUAGCGAAUCAAUGUAUGGAUGCUAUUUUAAUAGACCAACG